GGACAAGGGGGCGGCUUCUGGCCCUUCCCUCUCCAAGAACUGGGAGCCCGCCCUCGUGGCCGCCCAGCUCAACCAGAGUGCGACUUAGAAUUCCCUGCAAAACCUUUCCAUGUGGCCCGUCAAGCUGGCUGAAGGCUUUCUGGCAUGCAGAGGAGAGCGGCCUUUGGACUAAGGGCCGGAUGGCAGGAUGGGUGGGCCAGGACAACUGGAAGAGCAGCGUUGCCUUUGUGCUUGCGGAUCAGAUCGAGGAUGAACUUCACAUCCAGGCCCUCGUCCGGGCGGUUCAGGCCCCACAGAGAAGACGCUUCAGUGUGGUGUCCUGGGAGGAAACCCUUCAACAGAUCAGCGCUGCUGGGGCCGUGAAAGGAAAGAAACCCUCCAAGACUUCGCCCAUGUUUUCCGAGGUGUUGGAUGCAGCAAAGGCCAUUCUGGAUGCGGGGGAGAAACUUUCCGUAACAUUAAUUGGGAAACUCCUGAAAUUCCAGCUGUUGUGCGUCAAGCAGAAGGAUCAGGAGUGCCGGGCCGCUGAACUGAAGGCAGCCGAGGACAAGCCGAAGGCAGAGAAGGAGAAGGGGCAGCAGAAGCCGGCUGCCAAAGAGAAAUCACCCUCGAGUGCCAAGAGCGGCAAAGGAGGGAAGGGAAAGGAGGCGACCGAGCCAGCGGCACUCCCAGGAAAGAAGGGCACCCACCUGAAGCGGCGCGGAGAAGAGGAGGAGAGCACCAAGUACAUUGAUGACGAGCCGGACGAUGGUGCCCAGCAUUACAUCCUCGUCGUGGGCUUUCACAACCCCCAGAUCCUGCCCGUCCUCGCGGAGCUGGGCGUCCCGAUCUCCAGCGUCAUUAAGAUUUCCUCAGAAAACUAUGAAGCUAUGCGGGCCCACCUGGCGGUGGUUAGCCUGCAGCAAGAGCCGUUCCUUCUGCCAGAGGCCUUAGAAGCUAAAGAACAGAGGAAGGAGGAGCUCCGCAAAGAGCUAGCAAAGUUCUGGAAGUACCUGGACCCGAUUCUGAACAACAGGAACCCCGAAACCAAUCUCUUUGAGGUGGCCAGGCUGAACCACCAGGUGAAGGCCGAGCACCUGCCUCCAGACUGGACCAACAGUGAGAUGCUGGUCGCACUCGGCACAGGGCUGUUCGAAAGUGUGGCCUGUCUGAUGUACGACUGUCUGGACUGGAGGCGGCAGCACAGACACUUCCUGGACCACCUGCAGCUCAUUGACGUCCCGCUCGUGGGGAAGGAGAAGCCCUGGGCCUCGGAGGUGCCACUAGCUGGGUCGGGGUUCCCCGUGAAGAAGAAAGCCCACAUCGAAGAGCUGUCUGCAUUCCUUCCCCCAGCAGGAGCCGGGCCCAGCCUCGCCACCAGCGUAGACAUGAGAUAUUACAACGACUUGAUGAGCCGGGUCCCUGAAGAGUUGAUCUCAGUGCCACUGUUGCUACACUGUGUGUUGGAGCAGGUUGUGGCCUCUGAAGAGGAUUUUCUUCCCCCAAGUCUGCGAGAGCCAGUCCCCCGGGCCGACGGGCUGGAUCACAGGGUGGCCUCUCACAUUGCCUCCAUCCUGCCUGACCUGUGCUUCACUGAGACGGAGAAGCAGGCACUGCUGGCCACGUUCUCAGCCAGGGAAGGGGAGCAGAAGGCUGCGCCCUCUCCGCGCCCCCUCCUGCUGAAUCACCAUGACGCGGAGGCCCACAAGAAGCACGUGUUAAAGGCCCAGGAGGAUUUUGACCCUGUACAAAUUGAGCGAGAAAUGCAGGCCAAGCUUCCUCUGUGGCAGCGCCUCCAGUUUCCUCUGCCGCCUGCGGGCACCGACCCCAUGCUCCUGGCUGCCAUUCACGAGCUCAAGCACUUCUGCCCCAACGAAUUCCUGAGCUGGAGCGAGGUGCAAUGGGCCUUGAAGGUGUUUGCUUUGGAGAGCCUGAGGCUCACCACGGUGGAUGGAGAAGGGAAGUUGGAGAGUUCCGGGAUAAUGCCCAGGUUGGACUCCGAGGUUGCCUGCAUCCCGUGGGACCGCCCUGAGAUGUUUGCUCGAAAGAUGUGGAGGAAGCCGCCAGUGGCCAGGAAGCCAGAGGAGAAGAGCCAAACCCCAGGUGGCAACAUCGAGGAGGGCUUGCAGUGUGGCGGGCCAGCCUUGCUGGACAGCGGGAGCAGACAACAGCCUGGUUCCGGGCUUGUAGAAUCCGAGGCCACUGGGGCCGGCGGAGAAGCGGACGGUCCGACCGGGCCAUCCGGAAGAUGGGUUUCUGAGCAGGGAGUGAGUGUGGAGGUGGACAUAGAAGACAUACAAAGCAGCCAGCAGCGCUGCUUGAGCGACUGGACUUUCUCUGAACAUCUCAAGCCCCGUAUCCUCCUCCAGGUUCUGCAGGAUGCAGUGCUACAGUUCAGAUGUGUCGACUCCUAUUACUACAGCCAAGACAGCUCUUUGCUCCUCGUCCUCCACAACCCCAUGAGUCCAAAACUCCAGAGUCGAGAGUCCUGGGCUGUGGCCCUCCACUCGAACGUCGGCUUCAGGAACUAUCUGGAACUCGUGGCAAGCUCCAUUGAAGAAUGGACCACAAAGGAAGAAGCCACGUACCAGGAAGAGAAGAUGACACGGGACCUGGAGGCAGCGGCACGGGGUCAACAGUUGCCCGGCAUGGGCAAGACAGUCACAGUCUCCUUGGCCCAUCCUCCCGCUUCCCUCAAAAAAUCGAAAAGCUUGAAAACAAGCAGUAGAGUGGAGGAGAUAACUGAGCACUUCGUAGAGCAGAACCUGUUCAUCCGCGAGGACUCCCUCAAGGCUUGGAAGGAAGAACAAGACCGGUUGGCAGAAGAAGAGCGCUGGAAGGAAGAGAAAAAGGCGGAGAAGAAGGGCAAAUCCCCCGUGAAGAAGAAAGGCUUGGCCCCCGAGCCGCCGAGCCCCUCGGAGAGCAAGUACUCCAAGGCGCUUCAGAAGAAGUUGUCCUCCAGGGAGAGGACGCACGAAGACGUCGUCAGGACCUCCCAGCCCCCGGAGCAGGCCCCCUGCCCUGCCAUCGCCACCGAGCUGGGGAAGACGUACCCGUUCCAUGGCUACAAUAUGGGGGAGGUCCCCGUGCACGUGUCCGGCUCUAGCCAGUUCCUGUAUCCCGCCGACGGUGGGCAGAUUCAAGUGGAAAAGACAGAGUUCACCAAAGGAGCGACUUUUGUGAAAGUGAAAGUGACCAAAGACAAGCACCACUUCUUUGUCCACAUCAUCGACCCCAAGAGAAAUCUGGCCGAGGUGGGCGAGGACCCAGAGCCGGCCCCCGAGCCAGGAUGGCCCCAGCGGAAUAAGGCAAGCGUCAGCAAGUUUGGGUCCUUCUCUGCCACCUUGGACAAUGGUAUCCAUCUGUCCAUCAGCUGCCACGGCCCCAGCGGGGCAACUCCAGAGGAGAAGGAUGCAGACUUAGAAGCGAUACUGGACAUCCCCUCGGUCCACAUUCCCACCGUGGUUCCGGCCCCACCCCCACCCCCAGCCGGCCGGGGAAAGGGAUCGGCCAAGUCCCAAACCGUUGCCAAGGAGACCAGGGCCUCCGAGGAUAUUUCUAAGAUGGAAGAGAAGAAGCAGGAGGAAGCGGAACCUGAGCCGGAGCCACCCCAGGAGACCUCGGAUGCCCCCGCUUUCCACAGCCUGAAUAUUUCCUGCCCCAGUGGGCUGGUGCUGACCUUCCUCGGCCAGCUGACCCCUGGUCCCAGUGGCGCCUCCCAGCCGACCGCUCCAGAAGUUUUAGUCCGGCAGAGCUACCCCCUCAGAGUGCAGCUCUCUGGCCUCUCCAAGACGGUGCAACCUCCUGUGGAUCAGGAAGUGUCCAGGGUGACCACGUGCCAUGGCACCGUGGUUAAAUACAUGGUGGAUGGGUCCUCCCAGAUCCUCUUUGCCAGCGGUGCAGUGAGCAGGAGCCCUGAUUCAAAUCCCGUUCUGGCUCGCCGUACUGACAGCCGUUCGAUGUCAUCUGAAUCCCAGAUAAAGUGCGAACAGGUGCCCUCUGAGUCAACCAUCAGAAAAGGGAAGGGCCUGAAGAGCUUCACCACGUUACUGCCCAGGACCGAGACGUUGGAGCCCCCACUGGAGCUCUUGCCCCAAGCGGCCAACUCCACGGAGGUGGGGGCCGGCACCUGGAUCACCACCACUCCGUCGGGUACCCAAGUGGGGACCAGGGGGCCCGAGAGAUUGACCGGUCUGGCGACGCUCCUGUCCUUUCCUGCCACGGACCCAGUCACUGGAACGGUGCUCAUCCAUCGGGAGGACCGGGUGGCCAUCGCCAUGGAGACGAACGGGACCAGGACGGUGGAUCACGCCGACGACACUCGCAUCACCACCUUCUAUCAGAUUUACGAGGGUCCGGAUGCCGCUCUGGAUCCUGAAGGAGCAGGUGGCUGUCCCCAGGCCCCGGCAAAGCGGGUGGAGUGUGUGCGUGUGGAGCACCCCGACUUCGCGACCGUGAUCGCAAACUGCGAGGGAGGAGCCUGCUGUGCCGUCUUCGCCGACGGCACCUACGUGAUCGCGAGGCCUCAGGGCGCGUACCAGGUGGUUCCCUCGGGCGGGGGCUGCCUCUUCCUCGAGCCAGAUGGCACUGCUGUGUAUUGCCCUGAGGCAGAGAGCGAGGGUACGGCCCCUGAGCCCCCACAGGCGGGAGGCCGGAGAGUCGGCAGAUACGUCCUGAAACACAACUCGGAAACGGUCUGCGAGGUCCUGGACCCCGCUGGGAACCAAUUUCAGGUGCUGGUGGAGGGCAGCACGUCCGUGGUCAUCUCCGACGGUCCCACCCAGGAUGAGGCGGGGGACCCCCAGGGCCUGGGAGAGGCAGCCCCCGGGCCUUGUGGGAAGCCACCACCCACUGCUUACAACGAACACAUCCCCAGGUUUUUGAUCGUGUCAGCGGAUGGCUCGGGGACUGAGCUGCUCCGGCAGAGGGAGACUGAAGAGUAUCUGUAUCAGGUGUACAUGGACCCAGUCUCCACCGUCCUCCCGGAACCCAUCACCGAGUGCCCAGGUGCCCUGAGCAUCACCACCCUGCGUCCUCUGGUGGGAGCCUCCCCCUGGAAGAUGGAGAAAGAGUGUGACUCCAUUGUGCCGCCCAACCUCCGUUCCCGCUCCUGGGAGAAAUUCCCCCCUUGCGAGAGGAAAACCCCGGGACCCCCGUUCGGCACCGGCGUCUGGAAGGGGCUGUGCAUCGGCGCCCCGCAGUUGCUGUGUCGCCCGUCGCGCCCUCCGCGGCGCCCCGAGGCCGUGCAGGUCCGCCAGCUCAUCCAGCACCAGGCCAUUGGGGAUGAGCUGAGACAGCAGCUGCAGUUCUCCCUCAAGGCUUACAUGGACCACAUCCUGCAGAGAGAGGAGGCGUCUUUGGACCUGACAGCCAGAGGCCAGAGGCCCGCCCAGAUGAGCUCCAGCACCGUGGACCUCCUGGAGCUGAUCAAGUCAUUUCCAAGCAGAGACGAGUUGGCCGAAGAGAUCUCCUCCAGAGUGCAGGCUGCAGAGUUCUGCGGGUUUGAGUUCAGCCCCCCGGCCCAAAGAGAGCCUGGGCCCUACGGGCUAGGACCCCCGCUGGACCCUCAGCAGACAGAACAGAGGCUGAAACGAUCUGCCCAGAAAUCUCGUUGGAAAAAAAAGUUGGAGCAGAACAGGCAGGACAUCGAAGAGGCUCGGUGCUGCCUCAACGGGAUCCGAGACAGAAUUGUGCCCCACUACUUCGAUUCAGAAUCGGCCAAGGAGUUUCUGGCCCAGCUUCCCGAAGUGGAAAAACUCGCCCAGAGGCUCCCCGCCUUUCCGAAGAGAGACUCCCUGCGGAGCACUUCUACGGCCCAUCCAGGCACUAAGUCAUGGCAGUCCAAAAGACCCAGCCCCAGAGCCCCGCUGGACUUUCUGGAGUCUCCCAGCCCGGCAGAGGCCCCGACCUCCCACACGCUGGCCCGGACGGGCCCGGCCACCGGCCCGACGCGGGCCCAGCCGCCUUCGGCGGCCCCAGUGCGGAGCCUGAUGCGAGACGCCGCCGGGAACCCGAGGAAAGAGAGCGUGAGGCUACCCCUCUAUCUGCGCGAGGCCGAGGCCCAGUCCGGGCCACCGACCAAGGUGGAAGAUCCCGUCGGAGGGAGAGUGAACACAUCCUCCAUGGCGUUGGCCGCCACGCACGGCCCCCGGGGCGGGGCCCGGGGUAGCUUCCAGCUCCUCCCGCCCAGGCUGAAUUUUGGGGUGCUGAGGGAGGGGUGCACCUACACGGCCACCGUGAGACUGAAGAACGUCGGCGUCGACUUCUGCAGGUUCCGGGUGCUGCAGCCCCCGCCCGGCACCGGGCUCAAAGUGAUUUACACGCCGGGGCCCGUGGCUGCGGGGCUGCAGGCGGAGCUGCGCGUGGAGAUCUUCGCCGUGGCCGUCGGGGAGGAGGGCGCCCGGGGACUGGGACGCCUGGCCCACCGGAUCGAGAUCCCGACCGAAGGGGGGACGCUCUUCCUGCCCGUCGAGGCCGCCGUCCUGAGCGGCGGCACCUACGACUGCCGGCCCGCGGACUUCCCGCCGGGGAAGGAGAGCGCCGCCGCCCGCCGGGUCCGCCCCGCCCGCUCCAACAAGCUGGGCGUCGUCGUGUCCCGCAACUUCUCGGCCGCCUAGAAGGGGCUUGGCAAGCGGAUGGAUGGACGGCGGCCGCCAGGAACCCGUCCACGGCACGACCCCCGCGUCCCGACUGGCCUCGGGCGAGGCUAGGAUGGGGUCAGGUUGGGGCGGGGCGGGUUUCCCCAAUAAACAGCCUAUUAACCGUGUUCGGAGAAAA